UUCGUUUCGUUUCACCGGCUCCCCAUGCAGAGAUUUUGAGCUGCUCCGUAUCCUGCAUGUGAUGUAAUAACGGGCAGUAUUGGUUCCCCUCCUAGACCUUCCUUCUCCUGGCCAGACUCUGAUGGUAGUGGUGGACUCAUUAGACCCAGGCUGCAGCGGUGGGGCACGAGAUGGUUUUGUUGGGGCAGAAGGAGCCCCAGGAGGAGCGGGGUACUAUCGCAGAGCUCCUAUGCAGUCAUCAACACUGCUUCCCAGCUGGCUGCUGCUGGUCUGUUCUGCCCGCCGCCAGAACAAAGCUGUGUGCAAGAUGUUCUCAGGUUUUCGGAAGUUAUGUCUGGAUGACUUGAGGAAGCCACCUCCUGUGCGCGAUGUGCAACAGUAUAUCCUCCGUCGGCUGGACCAGGAGGGGGCACUGCGCCGUCAGCUGACCCCUGAGACGGCUGACAUGCUGAACCUGCUCCAUAUCAAGAGCGGAGGCUGUUUUCUAUUCCUGGAGCGUGUGCUGGAUGGCGUGGCGGCAUCCCUGGUGGGCCUGCGAGAGAUACGGGACAUCCCCGGAACUCUCAAUGGCCUCUACCUGUGGCUGUGCCAGAGACUCUUCCCCCGGGGGCUCUUCCUCCAUGUCAGGCCUCUUCUCAAUGUUCUCCUAGCUGCCCCAAGGCCACUCACCCCCCAUCAGCUCUACACAGCAGCCUGGACCCAGGACACAUCGCUCAGCCUUCAGGUCUUCCAGAGUAAACUCCAAACCCUCUCCCCUCUCCUCAUCGAUGGCCCUGGGAGCAGCAAGCUGCUUUUUCAUGCCAGCUUUGCUGAGUGGCUAUUGGACGUCAAGUACUGCACACAGAAAUACCUGUGUAGCAUGGUGGAGGGUCACAGCAUGUUGGCCAUGGUUUUAACUCUUAAAGGACCUCACCUGGACACAGAGGAAACCUGCCAGCUAGGCACCCACCUGAUCUACUCUGGUGUCCACAAGGACAACCCUUCCUUACUAGCAUUGUGGAUGCUCUGGGCUGGAGUGCCCACUCUCACUGCUAGGCUUAGUCCUAGGGUACACAGUCUCAGCCCUAGCACCUAUAAGUCUUCCCCAUCUCGGCCUCCUGUUCUGGUCAGCCAGGAAGUCCUUCAGCUCUUAAUGAGAAGUGGACUCUUUCCUCCUACCUGCUCCUCAGAUGUCAGCCUAACUCUGGGAGUGCAUUGUGUAGGUGGAGGGAGAACAGCUGUUCAACAAGCAUUAGAACAACAGGAAUCUGUAAAGAUGCUACUGGAUAGUGGGAUCAGUGUAAAUCAAAUUGACUCCACAGAUGGGCGAACCUUGCUUGCCAGUGCAGCAUAUGCAGGCUCUGCAGAUAUAGGCAGCAUUCUCCUAACUCGGGGAGCUGAUCCAUUGAUCAGUGACAAUCAAGGUCAAACACCACUUACUCUGGCUUCCAGGCAGGGUCACAUCAAGGUGCUGUCACUACUUCUGGAGUGGGCUAAGGACCAGGAGCCAGAAACAGCAGCAAGGAUGCUGGAGCAUGCAGACAGUGAGGGCUGGACAGCGCUUCGCUCUGCUGCAUGGGGGGGACACAGUGAGGCAGUACGUCUUCUGCUGGAUGCAGGGGUGGACGUUGAGGGAUGUGAUGGUGAGGGCCGGACAGCACUGAGGGCCGCAGCCUGGGGGGGUCAUGAGGAGAUCCUCCUGACCCUGCUGGACUACGGGGCACAAGUGGACAAGGCUGACCGUGAGGGACGCACACCACUCAUUGCCGCUGCCUACAUGGGACACCGUGAGGCAGUGGAGAUCUUGCUGGACCACAAUGCAGAGGUUGACUUAGCUGAUGGAGAUGGGCGGACAGCUCUGUCAGUAGCUGCACUCUGUGUCCCCACAGCAGCAGGGGUCAAAGGUUAUGGGGAGGUUGCCAGUCUGCUACUGGAGCGUGGAGCAGAUCCAGUACACCGAGACCGAGACGGAAUGACACCGUUGCUUCUUGCAGCUUAUGAGGGCCAUGAGGACAUAGUUGAACUAUUGUUGGAAGCAGGGGCUGAUGUAGAUGAAACAGCUAGCCCUGAUGCCAACACUCCUGCAGCAACCGCUGUCACACCACUGCUAGCCGCUGCAGCUAUGGGCCACAUCAGCACUGUAGGGCGCAUUCUGUUCUGGGGUGCGGCUGUGGAUGCCAUUGAUGGUGAGGGGAAAACAGCGCUGAGUCUGGCAGCAGCAAGAGGCAGUGUAGAGGUGGUCCGUGCCUUACUGGACAGAGGUCUGGAUGAGAACCAUAAGGAUGAUAUGGGCUGGACACCAUUGCAUGCUGCCGCCUGUGAGGGCCAUCGAACUGUGUGUGCUGCAUUGACAGAGAGGGGCAGUACGGCACGGGUAGGCGAGAUGGACAUUGAAGGACGCACCCCCCUUAUAUUGGCUGCCCAGGAGGACCACUGCAGCACAGUCAGGUUAUUGCUGGAUAGACGCUCUCCCAUCGACCAUCGGGCCUAUGACGGACAUUCUGCCUUAAGUGCUGCCAUCCUGGAGGGCCAUGCCGAGGUAGCAGAACUACUAAUGAGGCGAGGGGCAGACACAGAUGUCCGAGAUGCAGAGGGACGGCCUCUGCUCUACCUCCUGGUGCUGGAGGAUCACCUCAAAAUGGCUGCUCUUCUCGUGGAGAAAGGAGGGGUUCCCCUGGAGUCCAGGGACUCUGAGGGGCGCACUGCACUACACGUGGCCUCCUGGCAGGGAAAUGUAGAAGCAGUGGGGCUGCUUCUGAGGCAUGGGGCUGACUCCAAUGCACAGGAUAAAGAGGGGAGGCCACCAUUACACUCAGUGGCAUGGAGAGGGCAUGCUGAAGUGGGACAAAUUCUCUUAGAGGCCAAGGGAAUCACUGUAGACCUAGCCUGCUGCCAACAGGGGGCAACAGCUCUAAGCAUAGCUGCUCAGGAAGGACACACCAAUAUAGUGGCCAUGCUUUUGGAAAAAGGUGCAAAUCCUGACCACAUGGACAAAUAUGGUCGCAGACCAGUCAAAGUAGCUGGAAAACGUGGCCACUUUCCCAUUGUCAGGCUCCUAGAGAGCUAUGGAGCCAAACCAUACCCAGGCCUACUGCCCCCCUCUAACCCACUCUCUCCUGCAAGGAAGAGCCCCUCCUCAGCCAGCUCAGGGAGUAAUGGAGUUGAUGGUGGCCUCAUCGUGUCAUGUCUGUCAGGAGGAGCAGCUGCCACCUCCACCUCCUCAGCAUCGUCUCCAGGCUCCACUGCCGAGCGGUUUCAUUCCAUGCAAAGUUCCCAGAACUCAUCUACCUGCCAUUCCUUGGCCACUGUACAGACAGUGCCAGCUGACAGUCUGAGCUUCACCCAGCAGAUCCAACAGCACUCACUGCCCCGCAGUCGCAGCCGGCCCUCAACCCUCCUACCACCAGGGAGCUCAGCCCAAGGCAGUCUCCACAGAAGCAGCCAGAGGAAACCCAAGGAGAGUCCUCCUCCCACCAUUUGCACCGUGACUGCCAUGAUGCACAACUGUGAACUUUCUCAGAAAGGCUUCUCUUCUGGGUUUGACUACCCAAACAAACAAAAACCCCAAAACUCCAACCUGAUCAAAGCUGACCAUUCUAACUAUGGAGGGGGUAAAUGGAACUCUGUUAUGGCUUCCCUUGGAGUAAUGCCUGGCCAAGAUGGCCCUUUGAAGGUUGCCAAAAACAGGGAGAGUCCACCUUUAGGCUAUCCCUAUCAGCUCCAAAGCCCUUAUCAAGGGGAGACUUGGGACUCUGGACCCCAGAAGAACAUUCUCUCACCUCCCUGCUACAGUUAUGCCCCAGUGUUGCCUAUCAGUGCCUUACAGGAAGAUACCAUGGUUACUAUGACAACUACAGACCCCCAGCUCAACCUGAAACAGGCCAUCAAGCUGCAAUUUGAAGGUCCAACCAGUGCAGCCUUAUACAAGAGAGAAACACCUCUGUGACUGGUGCUUAAGUGGAGGUGGCUGUUUUUGCAGCUCAAGGGUCUGAUUGCAGAGGGGGAUAAUGGCUUUCUGAGGUCAGAUGAGAGAGGAAGAGAUCUCUUUCCACUCUUUGUGCACCCCGCCUUCUCCCUGUCCUCCUUCCAGGGAUCAGAGGAAGACCGAAUUGAGAAACAUCAAAGCUGUUUACAUUCCAGCCUUUCCAUUGCUUGUUCGAGUGGUGGGCAGCUGUUGUUGGACACACACGGAAGGGUCCACGCUACCUCUGUCUCUUUUCCUCUUUUUUUAUUCAUUCCUUCCUUACAGGCAAACAUCGGUCUAUUAUGUGCAACAUGCACUCUUUACAGAGGCUGUCAUUUCCAACACAUCACGGCAUGUUAUUAGUAACGCAUUCGGACACAACAUGUGUUGUGUUGAAAAGCCACACAACCGGGAGUUGUUCUCCACCCCUUGUCCCCACUGACCUCAGAGCAGUGGCCAGUCAGACAACGUGACAGCAGGUCUUUGUCCUUGUUCCUUGUUAGAGAGUCAUUGUUGUGUCCCCACAGUUGUUGGGUUGUGACACAGCUGUUGUUUGUGUUCUUUGUCUCUAGAGAAAAGGCUACAGCUAAGAAAAGGGAGCGUGAUGCUGCACCAGUAAUCAAUUAACUGCCCCAGAAACUUGGAAAAACGUCGUCUCGAUGGCGUUUUGUGCCACGGAACUGUCAUAAAGGAGUCUAGCAAAAGGGCUCUCAAAAGCAAACAACAUUAGUUAUGAAUUCAUUAUUUUUUUUUAAAGACUUGUUUUUAU